GGCAUUGUGUUGUGGAUCCAUAUUCUUAUCUAACCUUCUCACUCAAACACCCUUCUCACUUCAUUUGUCUCUACUUUUUUUAUCUUUUCCCCUUAAGAACUUCUCUUCAGUGUUCUCUUCCCUGCAUCUCUACCUUCCUCUUACCACAAGUCACUGUACCCUGUUGUCAAUUGCCAUUCUCUGCUCUAUCUUUCUCUUGUUCUGUGUGCCAAAUCUUCAAUUUGCACCCAAUUUGAAGGUAAACGAAGAUGGCAGAGUGUAACAGGGAAGACUAUUUCACUGCCCCGAAUGUUGAGACAACAUCCACGGCUAAGAAGUACGGUGGGCUUGUCCCAAAGAAGAAGCCUUUGAUAUCCAAAGACAAUGAAAGGGCAUUCUUUGAUUCAGCAGACUGGGCAUUAUGCAAGCAAGGUGCUGGGGUGAAUCAACAAUCUACUGCAGCUGUAGAAACUCUGAGACCAAAACUCCAGAGAACUCCACAUCAACAACUUCCCCCCAGACGACCUGCAUGCACAUCUGGUUGAGAUAAUUUCGGAGAGUAGAUGUAAUAAAUGGGUCGAGGAUGUGCUCAGUCAAUUUUACGAAGCUCAUUAUGUUGUUGAUCUUAUUGAUUGAUAUGUAUAUUACAAUUCGCUUGAUGCUUUGAAUUAUUGGCACAUCAAUAAAAAUCCGUUUCAAUUCCUUUUUA